AUGGCCAAGAAGGAGAUGGAAGUGGUGAGGGGUAUUGACCUGCAGAGAUACAUGGGGAGGUGGUACGAGAUAGCUUCAUUUCCCUCAUUUUUUCAGCCCAAGAAUGGUAUCAACACAAGGGCCACCUACACUCUCGAGGCGGAUGGCACUACUGUCCGCGUCCUCAACGAGACUUGGAGUGAUGGCAAGAGGAGCUACAUAGAAGGCACUGCUUACAAGGCUGAUCCCAAGAGUGACCAGGCCAAGCUCAAAGUCAAGUUCUAUGUUCCUCCUUUCCUCCCCAUUAUCCCUGUUGUUGGAGACUACUGGGUUUUGUUCCUUGAUGAAGAAUACCAGUAUGCUUUGAUUGGCCAGCCUUCCAGGAAGUAUCUUUGGAUAUUAUGCAGGCAGACCCAUAUGGAUGAAGAGAUCUACGAGAUGCUAGUUGAGAAGGCCAAAGAAGUUGGGUAUGAUGUGAGCAAACUCCGCAAGACAACCCAGACUGAUCCUCCCCCAGAAGGAGAAGGCCCCCAGGACACUAAAGGCAUUUGGUGGAUUAAAUCUAUUUUUGGAAAAUAG